AUGCGUCGAACAUUGGUUUUCAUUCCAAAAAGAUGUUAUUCACCACUUCCUGUCGAUCCAUUGGCUCGUUUCAAAACAAUCAGUCAAACUAGUAAAGCACCAAAAGUUUUGAUAACUGGAUCACUUGGACAACUUGGAAGAGGAUUGAAUAGUGUCUACAAGUGAGUUCAGAAAGAUUAUGGAACAUUUGAAACCUAUUGUUUUCUAGAUACAUGUAUGGCGCAGAAUGUGUGACUAUGUCGGAUAUUGUGAAAGUUCCAUCAGAUGCUCACGAUGUUUCUUCAGCAAAUUAUCAAUUUCUUGAUAUUCUGAAUCAAUCAGCAAUUGAAGAAGCUGUAGUGAACAGAAAUAUUGAUACAAUUGUUCAUUUUUCUGCUCUUCUUUCGGCAGUUGGUGAACAAAAUGUGCCACUUGCUCUUCAAGUUAAUUGUAGAGGUGUUGAAAAUGUUUUACAAGUUGCUAUGUAAGUCAUAAUUUUUCAAAUACAAUUCUAGCAUUGAAAACUAUAUUUUUAGGCGUCACAAGUUGAAAGUUUUCAUUCCAUCAACUAUUGGAGCUUUUGGACCAACUACUCCAAGAGAUGACACACCUGAUUUAACUAUUCAAGUUCCAACAACAAUUUAUGGUGUGAGCAAAGUUUAUGCUGAAAGACUUGGUGAAUAUUACAAUCAUCGAUUUGGUGUAGACUUCAGAAGUCUUCGAUUCCCUGGAAUUAUUUCGGCAACAAAACCAGGAGGUGGAACAACAGAUUAUGCUAUUCAAAUAUUCUAUGAUGCACUUGAAAAAGGAAGUCAUACUUGUUAUCUUCGACCAGACACAAGUCUUCCUAUGAUGUAUGAUACUGAUUGUAUGGCAUCAGUUGUACAAGUAAGUUCAUCUUUUUCUUUUUUUGCAAUUUUUUUUGUAAAGUUGAUCAAUCAAAAAACCAUACGUUUUUCAGUUCUUAUCUGCCGAUAAUUCUCAAUUAAAACGACGUGUCUAUAAUGUAACUGGCUUUUCAUUUACUCCUGAACAAAUUGCUGGAGCAAUUCGAAAAGUUAUGCCAAAUUUCCAAAUCGAUUAUAAAAUUUGCGAAACUCGUCAAGCAAUUGCUGAUUCGUGGCCAAGAAGUUUGGAUGAUUCAGGAGCUAGAAAUGAUUGGGGAUGGAAUCCAGAAUAUGGAUUAGAUGAAACUGUUCAAGUCAUGUUUGCAUUAUUACAAAGAGAAAUUGCACAAAAGAAAGGAGAAGGUGGAGAAAAACAGGUUACAACUGCAUAA